CAGCUCCCCUAUUUCCGGCAUUAGAAGUAAAAAAAAAAAGAUGUAAAAUGGAAUCACGAAUUUUUUCCCGUGCAACAAAUUCCACCCAAUUUUUCUGAAAAAUCACCCCAAAGACACUGAAGGGUGGCUUUCUGGGUGCCCGUGGACACUGUGUGUGGCACACAAAUGUGCAAUUUAGUGGGGAGUGUGGUGAAAAGUGCGACAAAAUGAAUAAAAUUGAGUAUUCUCGAAGGAGUCGAAAUGGCGCACAAAUAAUUCGACUAACAAUUCUGUGUGCCCGAAAUCUCGCACGAAAGGAAUUUCUCCGUCUUCCGGAUCCUUUUGCGAAGGUAUCUGUGGAUGGAACGGGUCAGGUGCACUCGACGGAGACGUGUAGGGCUAGCCUGGAUCCCAAGUGGAAUUCUCACUAUGAUUUGUAUUUGGGCAUUAAGGAUGCCAUCACGAUAUCCGUGUGGAAUUACAGGAAGAUCCACAAGAGGCAUGGAAGUGGUUUUCUGGGAUGUGUCAGGAUUCAGGCUGAGAUGAUCCAACGACUCAAGGAUAGUGGAUAUCAGCGCCUGGAUCUGGGCAAGAAUGCUCCGGAUGAUCAGGAACAGGUUAAGGGACAGAUAAUCAUUGCACUGACAUCGAGAGAUGCUCAGGGAAGCACUCCAUUGGCAAUUGUGUCUCCUGGUGGGGAUGUCCAUGGCCCGGCUGAGGAUACAGAGGGUCAAGUGACGAGUGUGCCAUCGAUCCAGGGCGGAGGGGGUGGUGGGGUUCCGGCCAAGAAGGCCCGUGAACCUGUGGAACCUCAGCCGGAACUGCCUGAGGGUUGGGAACUGAGGAAGACACUUCAGGGGCGAGUUUACUAUGUCAAUCACGUUACAAAGUCCACACAGUGGGAUAGACCAACGGCACCAGCCACAAAUGGCACAGUUGCUGUUCAGGUGGCUGACGAAGGUACUCCGGCGGGUCCCUCGCGCUCCGCCACAUGCACAAAUCUGACAAAUGGCGUCAGUGCAACGGCGGAAGCAUCGCGAAGGCAUUCACUGGAAGUGCUGCUGAAUCUGAAGAAUGAUCCGGUGCCACGUGACCAGAGGCACAUCAGUCCGGACAGUGUGACUCGUGGUAGUCGCGAAGUGCCACAGAGUCCGCCACAGCAGGUGGCCAAUGGGGUGGCACCCAUUGUGAGCCCCAGUGCGACGCCAAAGUGCAAUUCGGCCGAUAUAUUAGCACAGAAUCGAACGCCGCAGAAUCAAGUGAGUAGUAGGGAUCCAACGACACCACCUGGUAGCAAUAGCAGCCAGAACAAUGUGAAUCAUCUGACCAGUGCGAUUAAUGCUCUCGUACUGGAAUCCCCAAGCCGUCCAACUUUGCCAGCAGCCCUGAGCACAAGCAAUAGUUUGAAUAACAAUGUCAGCAGCAGUAGCGGAGUCACCAAUUCUCCGGCCAGCAAUAAUAAUGUGUCAAUCUCCAGUCCGCCAGCUGCUGUAGCCACCAGUCCCAUCAACAAUAACACAGGGGCUCCGCCACCUCAUGAGCCCGAAACGCCCAAUCAGGGUCGUCCUGCGGAUCCACAGAGGGCGCGGCGAUCGAUGAGGAGUGUAGAUGAUUCGGCCAGGAGAAGAUCUGCACGUGGCUCACGCAAUAUCAUGACACAGAUUCCGGGCAGAGCUAAUGGCGUCUCCGGACGACCCGCUGUGGAUCUUCCGCCAGGAUACGAAAUGCGGACAACACAGCAGGGUCAGGUGUACUUCUACCAUAUCCCCACGGGAGUGUCCACAUGGCAUGAUCCUCGGAUUCCCCGUGAUCUUGAUACCCAGGCUAUUGCCUUGGACACCCUGGGUCCCCUUCCGUCGGGCUGGGAGCAGCGCAAAACUGCUUCCGGUCGGGUGUACUUUGUCGAUCACAACAAUCGCACAACCCAAUUCACAGAUCCCCGUCUCAAUGGGCAUCUGCUGGGUCUGUUGCGUCGGCAGAGUCAGGCACCGGCUACAACGACUUCCACAGGGCCCCCAAUGAGCUGCACGGCGGCUGGUGCUGGGCCUCAAGUGGCCAAUGGGAAUGUUCGCAAUGGCGAAGUUAUUUCACCCACGAGGCCCACAGUUGCCCAAACGGGGCCCCCGGAUCUGCCACAGGGCCUCCUCGAUGGGGCAGAACUGUUGCCGAAGUACCGGAGGGAUCUGGUGGGGAAGAUGAGGGCUCUGAGGGCUGAACUGCAGGCACUUCAGCCACAAUCCGGACACUGUCGGCUGGAGGUGUCACGAGCGGAGAUCUUCGAGGAGAGCUACAGGUUGAUCAUGAAGAUGCGUCCCAAGGAUAUGCGCAAGAGGCUGAUGGUGAAGUUUCGGGGGGAGGAGGGCCUGGAUUAUGGAGGUGUGGCCAGGGAAUGGCUGCAUUUGCUGUCGAGAGAAAUGCUGAAUCCCCAAUAUGGACUUUUCCAGUACAGUCGCGAUGAUCACUAUACACUGCAAAUCAAUACGGAUUCUGCAGUGAAUCCUGAUCAUUUGUCCUACUUCCAUUUUGUCGGAAGGAUCCUGGGCAUUGCGGUGUUCCAUGGGCAUUGUCUCGAUGGGGGCUUUACGACGCCCUUCUACAAGCAACUCCUCAAUAAACCAAUAACACUCAGUGACAUUGAAGGAGUCGAUCCGGAACUGCACAGGAGUCUCACUUGGAUUCUUGAAAACAACAUCGACGGUGUCAUUGAGUCGACAUUCAGUGUGGAAAAUAACAGUUUUGGGGCAUUAAAAGUGCAUGAGCUGAAACAAGGUGGUGCUGGUAUUGCUGUUACGGAGGAGAAUAAGAAGGAAUAUGUGAAACUCUAUGUCAACUAUCGCUUCAUGCGAGGAAUUGAACAGCAAUUUCUGGCACUUCAGAAAGGAUUCUGCGAGCUGAUUCCCAGUCAAUUGCUGAGGCCAUUCGAUGAGAGGGAAUUGGAGCUCGUUAUUGGUGGUAUUAGCAGUAUUGAUGUGAAUGAUUGGAAGCAACAUACUCGCCUGAAGCACUGUACACCGGAAACGCAGCAAGUUGUUUGGUUUUGGCAGAUUGUCGAAUCGUAUACGUCAGAGAUGCGUGCGAGAUUGCUGCAAUUUGUAACGGGUUCAUCGCGAGUGCCUCUGCAGGGUUUCCGGGCUCUACAGGGCUCCACGGGAGCCGUGGGUCCGCGCCUCUUCACCAUUCACCUGACGGCCGAUGUUCCGACGCAGAAUCUGCCCAAGGCUCACACCUGCUUCAAUCGCAUCGACCUGCCGCCCUACGACACCUACCAACUCAUGUACGACAAACUCACGCAGGCCGUAGAGGAGACCUGUGGCUUCGCCGUCGAAUGAUGCACAGGCUUUUUGGCCACGAUUCACGGUAAGACACUUACUUUUGCGUCCAAAUCUCUGCUGUACCUUGAGAUGAGAUUUUUUUGGUUCAAACCUGCGGUUUUUUGUAGUAAAAAUCCAUUUGAAAAAAAUCCCACUUAAAAAAAAGAACUUUCGUGACGAAAAGAGAAAACAUCUCCAGACAUAUUCAGUGAAUUUCUUCUUUUAAUUGCUGAAUUGGCCGCCUUCUUUCUUUUUUUUCAACAAAAAAAAAGAAGAAGGAAAAAAAUGAAGAUAGAGACAAAGGAAAUAGGAAGAUAUUUGAAAAAGAAAAAAGAAAAUUGAUAAAGUGAUAAAAGAUAAUUUUAAUGUUUUUAAUUUCUUAUAUUAUUAAGAUUAUAACUAUAUAUUCUAUUUGCAAAAAAAAGAAAGAAACAUUGCAGAGGAAAUUUUAUCAUACAGAUAGGCAACAUAUUUGCUAAAAAAAAAGAAGAUAAAAAAAUAUAAGGAAUAUAAUUCAAUAGGAAAAA